UACAUGGUAUAAUCUGUGGUAGCCAAUGAUUGGUUAAGGUUAUGUUUAUUGCUUUUUGUCAUGUAUUUUUCAACUGUACGCGGUUUGGGGUUACUUUAAAGUAUAUAUAUACAUUGUAAUACAAUAGAUAAAUCUUAUGAUUUGAAAGAUGGGAAAAUGAGCUCCAAAAACGAAUCUUUUUUCGAUUUGAUAGCGAAACUGUCGGAAUGGUCAACACAAGACGUGGAAGAAAAUCUUGCAGACACCCUGCCCGUGCUUUUGAGAAUACUGGAAUGUCCAGAUCAAAAGGCAUUGUCACUUCAGGCCUUGCAAGCCCUCUUGAAUAAGUGUUUGCCUUGUAUCCCUGUGAAUGAUGUUGAAGAAAAACUGUUUCAGUAUGUCUUGCCUUCCGCAAGGCAACUGUUUUUGGAGGCAUUACAGGGAAUUCACGUAAUGUUACAGGAUGUACAGAGUCUGCAACAGGAUGAACUUCUUGACAGUUUGAGUAGCUUACUUCAGGUGUGCAUUGAGAUACUGAAAUGCAUCGACAACACACUUCAUUAUAUACAGGCAGUUGGGAAAGUGCAAGUGACAUUGGUUCCAAGUCUUACAAAAGUAACUGUGUCUGUCCUGUUUGAAGCUUUUAAACACUGCAAAGAAAGUGAGAAGAUGUAUGGCACAUUAUUCCAAGCUCUUAGUGAAGUCCUAACAUUACUAUUCCAGAAGAGUCGUGAAUUGCAGUUGCAUUUUCUGGAAGUGGUUUCAGGGGAUCUUCAGUUCGAAUGCAUGUAUGAGAAUGACUUGAUGCUUCUUACAGAAAUACUAGAUAUGCUAGGGCAGAUAGGGCAGUUGGUGGUUGACUUGGAUGUGAAGACUAUGGCAGAGCAGUGGAAAGGAUACACCCGCCUGGCCUUUCAGUACGUUGAACAUUUGAAACCACGCCUUGAUGUGACAGGCCCUCUUCAGUUCCUGGCCAUGAAUAUUUCUGAUAGCAUAGCAACAGUUGUAGAAACAGACCCGCCUGACAUGAAGGCUGUGACACGGGCUGCAAAAGUUGGAAACUUUAUGCUGAAAAUCAUUAUCAAGUUCUGUGACGAGUACAGUGGAUUCUUAGGCUCCUGUCAUCAAGAGUUGUUUCAGAUGCUUCUCACAUUGCACAGGUAUUCUCGUCCUUAUCUGCAGUUGAAGACAGUACCUGAGGACCUUAUACAAAGUGUGGAGACAUACGUGACCAUAGGGGCUGAACCUCUGCUUACACAUCUAAUUGCAGAAGUUGAGUUCACAGAGAAAUUCAUGGCUUAUGGUAAUAAAUUGGUGGAACCACAAAGUGAGCGACUUGCUUUCCUGCUGCUGUCUGUUUCAAUUCUCAAAAAACUUCUUCAUUGCAAUGAGGAUGUAAGAAAACUGUGGUUUUGCUGUGAUUCAGAAGACAACAUACUGUUUGUAUUGUUCAGAGCUCUGGAUCAUUGCCAUGCAGAAAUGAGUUGGGAUGUGCAAAUGCCUGGCAUCAGACAUGAUGGAGGGCCCGAGAGGAUGACAGAUUUGUAUGAGACUAUAGUAACUCAUGCUUCAGGACUUGUUUUAUCAGCUUCAGGCCAGGAAUUCCUUUCAGUGGAGCAGAUUCUACUUGAGAGUGUCUUGCAGUCCACUGUGUGGCGGGCUUUACUUGCCAUGGACAUCUGGUGCAUCGUGGCUAGGUCAGGAAGCUCAGAAUUGUGUUUCCAGCAAUUGUGUCAUCUGGCUGAAGUCAUGAGGCAACUUGCCCACCACCGCGGUCAUCCUGAGAGGACGUACUUGAUGGCGAUGGCCGACAGACUGUUCUCAUUCCUGCCUAAUAAACACAAGAUGCAGAUCGUUGAAAUGUUUCCUCCUCAGACUGACCCUUUUCUAUGGCAGGCUUUAAGUGUGAAAGUUUUGCCAGAAAAGCUUAGGGCAUCAGUGACUGAGAGUUUAAUGAGAUCUGCCAUCUCACAUUUAGAGAACUUCUUUACGCUUCCAGCUUCAAUUGAGCGAUAUAAUUCUAUGGUGGACACCCUUGCCGCUGCUUCACAGUGUGUAGAAAUGCUGAAUCCGAGCCAGAGAGACAUGUUGUUAGCCGUAACAGGUCAUGUAGUGACACUGUGGCAGCACGUUGUCCUUAAUGAGACUCUGGCAGCAGAGGAGACGAGUGUCAAAGGAUCACAGUGGAUGGAACAUUUUGUAUGCGUUCUGUGCUCAGUUUCUGCUCCUCUUGCUCCCCACAUGACGAACUUGCAGUUAAUUAAGGUUCUUGAAAGGCUGAAUAACGUCUGUACCUGUGGAUCUUCAGUUUUGAGGCUCAAGGUUGUUACUGUUUUAAAAAGACUUGCAAAUUUGGUUGUAGAACCAACUCCAGACCAGAUAAAAGUGUUCCAGCUCAUAGCAGGAUUGUUUUCAACUCUUCUGCAAGAUGAAAAUCAUUUGGUGCAACAAAUGACUUUAGAAGUGUUCACAUAUUUUGCACAUGUAAACUCUCAUGAAAGUAUUCUUGCGUUGUCUGUCAAGAAAAGUGUAAACCUUCAACAGAAGACCAGAAGAUAUUUGCAGAAGUUACCUACAAAGGAACCCGACAAAAAUUUCUUAUCAUACGAAUCUUAUAUUAAACGUCAAUCACAGGCGCAGUUUUCACACCGUUGCACAUCUUCUGUACAAGCUCAUGAGGAUGUUGCCAAUAGUAAGCUGACGUCAAGAACGGAAUUUCGCGCGUCAGAUGAGGGUGACACUGGUAAUCGGCUCCCAAAAAGGCCAAAAUUGAUGAUUGCCGAGGACAGCGUGAUCAAAGUAAUCGAAAGACUGAAGAACGAUGCAAGCACGGUCGUCAAGUACUGUGAGGACAACAGUCUGCCAGCAGAAACAAAACAGGAUAUACUGCAAAUUGCUCUUCAGUUGAAAUCACUGUCUCUGCGCUGAAUGUGUUGUGUUGCCAGCACAUUUUUUUUUAUUAAACUGUGUGUGUGUUAUAAUUACUUGCAUAAUUCUCACUCCUAAUUUUUAUUUACAGGUAUUAGCUUUGUGAAAUACUGGAACAUUCACUUGUGCUACAGAAUGCACUGUUUGUCUGAAAAAUCGCAGAAUUGCGUAUGUUACAGUAUCAUCAAAUAUAUUCCAAGUUAAAUUUG